AUGCCACGUAAGAAUAUACGUAAGAGGAAGAGAGCAUUGAAACAUCCAAUAGUAAGACUAACACCACAACAACAGUUGCAACAACAAAUGCUGAAUGACCCCACUAUGUUGCAACAAAUGUCAAGCAAUCCUAUGCUUUUAAACCGAGUUCUUGGUGCACAGAGUGGAGGUUUAAGAGCGGCACUUUUAGCGAAAAUGGCAGGCUAUGGUGGAACAGCAUAUAACCCUCAAAGUCAAAUGAAUUUGAGUUCACUCAAAAAUCAAAUAGCAGAUGUCAAAAAGUCAAACAUAGACAUACAGAAGCAAAUAUGUGAAAACGAAAAGAAACUAGAAUAUGACAGACACACAAAGAAACUCAAUGAGUUAAAAAUAGAGAAAAAGAAGAAAGAAGAACAACUGAAAGAACUAAGUACAGAGGAAUAUGCGAAAAAAGUGUCAGAAAAAGCAGCAGAAGUAGCAAAAAUGGAACAAGAUGUCAUAAAUUUGAAAAACCAUACUACUCGAUAUAAAGUACUGAAAGAUGAAGAGAUAAAACAAAAAGCCCUGAAGACAUAUGUGGAUAGCGAUGAGUAUAAAAAAGAAGUUGAAGCAAAUGUAAAGGCAGAAAAACUUUUACAGUUGCAGAACCAAACCGUACAGUAUGAAAACUUAGCACAAGAAAGUAAAAAUAACGACGCGUCCAUGCAAAAGGUAA